CUUUUUUUUGUUGUUCUUUUUGGCCGCGCAUUUUCGUCGCCCCACCCCUCCAUUCGGUUCUCACACUCAUCUCUCCUCUGGUUCAGAGUUCUCGGCACCAUUACCUGCUUUUGCUUUCCGGAGCUAGGGAAGUAAGAGAAUAAUGAUGUCCUCUCUCCGCUCUCCCCAUCUUGCAUCCCUCCACCUCCAUCUUUGUUAUUCCAUUUCACUUCUCACAAACAGACUCACUAUCUCCCCCCCAAGUCUUGUCUCAUUCAAAUACUUUUGUUAUUUCGAUCUCAUUUUGUUCCACGAUGGACUUGCAACUAUUUCUUCGAAGUCUUUUUCCUUUUUUUUUUUUUUUGUUUUCCCCUCUCUCAUCCACGCAUACAUCAACGUAACACCUCGCACGACAUACAUAAACGUACAAAUGCAUUCCAUUCAAUCAUGCAUAACACUCAUGCAACAUUCGGCAACGCCGAAAAAAACAAAACAAAAAACAAAAACAAGGAUCAAAAGCAGUUUUUGUACUUUCCUCACACCCUCCCAAAAAUAUACAUAUAUACUGUAUCCAUUUUUUUCCCCUGUUUUCUCCUCGCAAUCGAUGUCGUCACCUCAUUUCCCCCCUCCCCCACCGUUUCUCACCCAUUUUCCCUCUUAACCCUAGUACUACUGUCAGCGCUUUCCAUUCCUCGAUCAAUCAAAUCAAUCACACACCAUGUCUUGGUUCUUUUGUUUUGGUUUUACCCGUGAUU